AAGUUCUACUGUCAAACCGUUUAGUGACGUGUAUUGUGAGUUUGGAAAAAUUUUGUAGAACUGUGAAAUUCUAAAUUGAAUUUCACGUCAAUGGCUUUUUAAAGCCAAUGAUAAAGUCAAUUCACAUUAACGCUUGUUGAAUGUAAUAAUUCUCUGAUUAAUUAAACUUUUACAAUAUAAUUCCUUUUGCAUAUUGUGUUGGCUGAAACACGAGUUGAGGGAAAAAAAUUUACUGGCGAACGUCACUUAAUCAAAAAAGCGAAUAAGAACUUAAAAGCAUAGGGUGCAAGGAGGCUUACGGGUUGCGCUCCGUUUGCAGUGGUGGUUGUGCGGCAGUAUAAGAAAAGUGUCAGGCGAGACUAAGGAAAAUGAGGAAAUAGAAACGUGAGCAUAAAUUACAGAUCGAAGGGCCGAAGGGGUACAUUUUUGUGAAUACGCGCUGUUUAAGUGCAAACACGACGACUGGCCGACGUUGGAUAUCUGGUGCACUUUUACUUGAAUUUUUGGUUUAUCUUUAUAUUUUAGUUUAUCUACGCAUAUUUUCAAAAAAAGUAAUAGUGUCUGGCACAAACAAGUUGGCUUAAUCAAGUGACGGCAAUAAACGAAAUACAAUUAUUAGCAACACCUGUACCAGUUACUGGUAGCAGACGUUAAAAAAAACUACAGCAAUGAUGGAUGAGGAUACAAGUACUUCGUCUGGAGGUGGUGUGAAGCUAUUCUUCGUACGACUAUCACAAAUGUACCAAUCGACGCUGGAUCGCUGGACACCACAUACUAGAAUGCGAUGGGCGGGUGCAAUUGUGAUUUUAUUGCUCUUCCUGCUACGCAUUUUCAUCUACCAAGGCUGGUAUAUAGUGUGCUAUGCGCUGGGAAUAUAUCAUUUAAAUUUGUUUAUUGCAUUUCUAACACCAAAAAUCGACCCGGAAUUCGAUCCAUACGAAAAUGAUGAUGGUCCCAAUUUGCCAACACGUAGUAACGAAGAGUUCCGGCCGUUCAUACGACGUCUACCGGAAUUCAAAUUUUGGCUGUCGAUCACGAAAAGUACAAUCAUCGGUCUGAUAUGUACAUUCUUUGACUUCUUCAAUGUGCCUGUUUUCUGGCCUAUACUCGUCAUGUACUUCAUUACACUCUUCUGCAUAACAAUGAAGCGGCAAAUUAAGCAUAUGAUUAAGUACAAGUAUCUGCCAUUUACACGGAACAAGCCGCGCUAUCAACGUGUUGGUGAGUCACAGCCAACGACAAAGUGACAAUUAGCCGCACAGACACUGCAAAAAACAAACGACAACCAAUCGACAACGGGUAUUACGUCGAUACACGAGCAAAGAACAACAACAACAACAACAGCAACAGUAGCAGCAGCAACAGCAGCAAAUACAACGAUUGCCACAACGGCAACAACAGCAACAUCGUUACCGGCUGCACCAUUGGCAGCUGCGACUACGUUAGCAACAACAAACAUAGCAAAACCACCGCAAAUUAUAACUAUUGAGUAAAUUCAACUAAAGUACACAAUAACAUAAACUACAACUAUAAACAUGAACACUAACAAAAACAAACUAUCAACAAAAGGAAAACUAAACAUUUACAGAAACAUUUCAAAAAUCAUACAAAGUCAGCUAGCUAUCAGUAUUUUAUUUAAUUUCAACACCUGAGAAGACAAUAUUCUCCGCCGUCUACACAAAUACAUAAACACACACAUAGAGAUUUAAUAUGAAUUGGAAUUUUGCAAUUUCUUCAAAUUCUUACCAAUUUGCGCGUGCCAAGUGCAUUAUCUAACAUUUCAUUUGCUUGACAUUUUGUUGUUAGCGUUUGCUUAAGUUUAUAAAAAAAAAAUACUUGUUGUUCUUAGCGGCAUAAACGUUGUAAAAUCCAACUAAUAUUUCUAACCGGCUAUGAUUUUAUGCUUGUUCCGUUAGUUGGCUGGGUUCUACAACGUUAAUGCUUAUUGUCGUGCAGUGUCCUGUGCAAAAAAUAUAACUUUUAGUGGCAUUUGUCCAUCUUUGUCUUAUAACUAAGAUUAUCUUUGCUUCAAUAUUUAAAACUUAAAAACUUUUUAUUUGUAUGCAAUGUUAAUUAUUAUUACUAUUAUUAUUAUUAUUUUUUUUAGUUUAAUUUGAGCGUGUCAGUGGCCGAGUCACAUAAAUCAAUCAUACAAAGCACAUUGUAUCUAACGUUUGUAUGUAAAUAGCGUGCAAUAAAGCAUACAAAAAAUUGUCAAACGGCGUGACGUUGUAGUGGCAACAUCCAUCAUUUCAUACCUACAUAUGUAUAUGUAUGUUACUGGGGUGCACUAUAAUACUACUUUGGCGUAAAGCGCUUGAAUUGAAUUUUGGUUUAAAGUAAUAUAUAUUUAUAUAUUAAUCAUUAUUAUUAAUUAUGCUUAGUAAUUUUAUGUGUACAUCUGUAUUGAACUUGUUCCAAACCUAAAUAUACACAUUCUAACGAAAUGUGCUACACCUUCUAGACAACUAAGUACAUGAAUGGAUGCUAUUAAUUUAGUUUACCCACAAAUACUGUUUCCUAAAUGGUAGCAGCUUAUUAGUUAAACAACAAAAACAACUACAAAAUUUUAAAAAUUUUCAAAAUUCACAUUUGCACGUUAAUUUUGUCCUUUAGUUUUGUAUACAAAAAAAAACUUUUCUCCAACUUCGAUUUAUAGUAAUGUUGUAAUUGCGUAAAAUAUGAUUUUUCCGUCAACACUAAAUAGCAGUUAUAUGCGUUAGAUAACAUUUGUAUAUAGCGCCUUUCCCACACAGCAAGUCUUCAUUUCCAUUUUGAAAUAUUCUUGAAAAGUUCACAAAUAUGUAGGUUAUGCGCCAAUGUUGACUAAUUGCUAAUUGUAAAACACAUAAGGAAUGAAAUACCUACAUACAUACAUAUAUACUAAGCGCAUGUGUGAGUUGCGAAGUUGAAACUGGGUACAGUGUACGAUUGUAAUAAAUAACAAUACCAAAUCAUUUGAAUAAAAUACAAAUACAAAUAAAAUAACUUAAGUCGAGAAA